CUGCGCCUGCGCUUGGGGGACCGCGACGUGCUGGUGCCGAGCUCGGUGGGGACCAUCCGUGAGGCGCUGGUCCGGCACUGGGGGGACUGGCUGGGCCGCCCCACCAGUUAUCUGGGGUCGCUGGUGUCACGGGGGGGCCGGGACCUGGCACUGGGAGGCCCCUGCCCUGGCUGGCGGCGGCAGCGGGGAGCAGUGCGGGGAGCACUGGCACAGGCUGGGGGGCGUCUCGGGCCCCUCCUUUGGCUGCAGGGCCAGAAGUUGUGUGAGGAGCUGCGUUCCCAUGGGGAGGCCCCUGUGGACCCCUUUGAGGUGUUCACCUUCCAUACCUGCAGCACCAUCGCACGCCUCCUCUUUGGGGACCUGGUGCCCCCCCCAGGGGAGCUCCGGGCCUUCUCCCGCUGCCUGGGGGAGCUGCUGCAGGUUUGGGGGCACAGCAGCGUACGGGCGCUUGAUCUGCUGCCCCUGUUGCGGGCCCUGCCCAACCCAGGAUUGCGGAAGCUGCUGCAGCUUGUCCAGCACCGUGACACCUUCGUGGAGGCCCAGAUCCAGCGGCACCAGGCAUGCCCCUCCCCUCCCCCGGACACAGUUUUGGGGGCGCUGCUGGGGCAUAAUUCUGGGGCACGGGGUGGCUCCCUGAGCCCCCCCCGGCUGCACAUGGCGCUGGUCGACCUGUUCAUUGGGGGCACUGAGACCACGGCGGCUGCUCUGGGCUGGGCUGUAGCCUUCUUGCUGCAUCGUCCUGAGCUGCAGGCACGGCUGCGGGCAGAGUUGGAGGGUGCACAUGGACCCCCUGGGCCGGGGGACACGGGGCGCCUGCCCCUUCUUCAGGCCACUGUCAGCGAGACUCUGCGGCUGCGGCCCCCUGCACCUCUGGCGCUGCCCCACUGCGCCCUACGCCAUACCAGGUGUCUUGGGGGGCUCCCCGUGGUGGCUGGCACCGUCUUGGUCCCCAACCUGCUGGCAGCCCAACAGGACCCUGACAUCUGGCAGCACCCUGAGGUCUUCCUGCCCGGUACGUGGGUACGCCUUCACUCGGAAGUCCCCGCUGCCAAACUCCUGGGGUCUCCUCAAACAUCAAACUGGAUUUCUCCAGUAGUCAUGGGGUUUCCCUUGACUCCUGGGUAUCCUGGGAACACCUUGGCGUCAUGAGUGCCCCCCUGAUGCCUGAAUCACCCCAAACCCACACCC